AUGGCGCCGACAAACGUCACCACUGCUACGGCAACGGCCACCACCACUGCGGUGCAGCAGAACGGCUCAACCAAGAUUAAGCGACCGGUGCCGCCGGGCAUACAGACCAACGGGGCCGCCUCGUCUGCAUCGUCGCCGUCGCCCUCCAUGGCGAACAACAAGCCGCCAAGCGCGAAGCAGCCGCCCAAUUCCGCCAGCGAUCGGGCCAUUACGGCUUCCACCGUGCGGCCCAUGGCCCGGAUCCGUCGCGAUACCCUGAAUCAAGCAGCUGGGCGCAAUUCUCGAAACAGUGCGGGCAUGCGAUCCGCUUCCUUCGCAGCAGAUAUGGCGGUUCAUGGCUAUGAACCCCCACCUUACGUUGUCACCGAUGCAUACGUAUUAAAGAAGCAUUUAGGGCGACCCCCGUCGCUGGUUGUCCAUAUGCACCCCACGCACUUCCGCUUCGAUGGUCAGGAUGGCAUGUUCCAGUAUAAGUCGCCGAUGAGGAUGUUUCUUGACCAUGUGAAGAACCGCACGAUUCCCCACGACCUCCUCCCAUACUUUAUUGAGGGCAAUGUGCCCUUCUACGAAGGAUGUCUCAUUGUACAGAUCCACGACCACAAAUCCGUGGCUCAGACAAAGGGCGUCAAACGGCCUUCAUCAGCGUCUAGCACCGUUGUGCCGUCGUCCAUCCACAACUACAACCAGUGUCUUACGCCUUCACCCCACGUGCCGUACCCCAAAGAAGAGCAAAACGUCAAUGAAGUGCCUGGGAAGCCAAAAGAAGACCCUUCAAAAGAGACAGAUGCCGAUGAGAAAGACGCUGAUAAAGACUCUAUGCCAAAUGUGUCUGUGGACACAUCAAACAACAAAGUCGGCGCGAAGCCAAAGAUUUAUACUGUUGUCCUUCACCCAACGGCCGAGAGUAUACAAAUGGAUCUUCUGAUCAAGGCUACGACUCCACGAACCGCUGUGGAAGGGCGUGCUGGCAAUGACAAUUCGGCCAUGGCUCCUCCAUCAACUCCCUCAACACUGGUGCCACCGACACCAAUUACCGCAACUAUGCAACCACCCGCGAAAAAACAGAAGCGGGAAAAGAAUGAACUAGAUAGAAAUAGUUUAUACGCCUUCGAAGGCCAGGUGCUACUUGCAACCAACGCACCUCUGAUGCUUGAGCCGACCAAGAGUGCAGAGGAGACCAUCGCCUUACUGGAGGAAUGGUCACAUCCCAGCCACAAGGAGGACCCACCCAAGCCAAAGAUGCGCAAAAGGACCGUGGCCGAAAUGGCUGCCGACGAGGCAGCUGCUGCGGAGCUGGAACGCUAUAUGCUGGUUCUGGACGAUCGCCUUGCCUCAAAUACUACCGGCGCUCAAGGUGCUGGUGGGGCGGAUGGAGAUGGCCCAACUGGUGCAUCUACGUUUGAGCCCCGAUUCGAGCGCUUCAAGCUCAUUGAAGAUAUCAAGAGAGAGCAUGCCGAAAAGAAGGAACAGGAGAAACUUAAGCAGCAGGAGAAUGAUCGGAAACUGCAGCUCCAGAGACAGCAGCAACAGCAACAACAGGCAGCGGAACUCGCCGCUCAGAGGCAAGCAGAACAAGAGAGAGUUCGGCGGGAGGCUGCGGCCAGGGAGAACCAGCUUCGCCAAGCUGAAGCGCAACGACAAGCAAUGGCUGCUCGUGCUGCAGCGUCAACUCCUGUGGCGCAGGCCAACAACAACCAAGCGCAAAUGAACCAGACACAGCAUGCUCACCCUUCCGUUCAGAGCGGAGCUGUACCCAACGGCAUGCAAAACGGCGUCCAGGCAGUUCAGCAAAAUGCGAUGCCAAACAGCAUACCUGGACCAGCCCAGGCCCGUUUCCAAGCCCAAAUGUCUCAGGCUCCAGCGUCCUCGCCCGUCAUCAGGCAGAACACUCCCCAAAACAUGUCGUCACCCAUGGUUGCAAGCGUACCUAUGCAGCAAACCAACUCCAGCAUGGCAGCAACGCCCCCUCGACCCCCUUCUGUUGUGCAAAACCAGCAGGUAUCGGUACCUAUGGCGCACGCCAUGUCUUCUAGAAACAGUCAGCAGAGCCAUCCCUCAAACACACCUCGUAUACCCCACUCGACGCCAAACAUUUCUCAUGCCACUCCUAUUAACCGGCCGGCAAUGGUUGCAACUCCUCGCAUGACCCAAGCGAGUCCUCCUCCUAAUAUGAUGGCUCAGAACUCUCAGAUGGGCCAGCAGAUGAUGAUGAACAGCCAAGUCAUGAACCAGGCCAACCCCCAGGUUAUGGCCCAGAUGGCGGCUCAACAGGCUCAACAGCGAGCAAUGCUGCAACAACAGCAGCAGCAACAGCAAAUGGCCGCCGCUCUGCAGAAUGGCAACUUUAAUAAUGUUAACAUUGCUUCGCAAGGCCAGAACAUGACUCCCCAACAGCAGCAGCAAAUGAUGCAAUUGAUGCAACGGCAAAUGAUACUUCAGCAGCAGCAACAGCAACAGCAGCAACAGCAACAACACCAGCAAAACGGCAUGAUGAAUCCGCAGCAGCAGCAACAACAACAGCAGCAGCAGCAACAGCAAUGGGCUCAACAAUAUGCUCAACAGUUGCAGAAUAUGCAGGGUGCUCAGAUACGCCAGAUGACACCGCAGAUGCAGGCCCAAAUACAACAAAUGGCCCGAAUGGGUCAGAUGAAUGGACAGCUAGGGAAUAUGAUGCGGGGGCAGAUGAAUGGGCAGAUGAUGAAUGGCAAUGUCAAUGCUAAUAACAUGCAAGCCUUGGUAGCCAUGCAAAUGCAGCAGCAGCAGCAAGCGCAAGCACAAGCUCAAGCGCAGGCGCAGGCGCAGGCACAAGCACAAGCUCAGGCCCAAGCACAGGCUCAAGCGCAGGCACAGGCUCAUGCCCAGGCCCAACAGGCACAUGCCCAGGCUCAGGCCCAAGCACAAGCGCAGGCUCAGGCACAGGCCCAAGCACAGGCACAACACCAGGCACAAGGACCUCAGCAGGCACACGGCAAUGCUGCCUUGCAAGUCCAAAUGCAAGCUCAUGCCCGUCUUGUUUAUAAUCGCCUCAUGUCGGCGGCGGCUGCUAAAUUCGGCGGUCCUGAAAACAUACCACAGGACGCAGUGGAUAAGAUUAAGCAGCAAUCCUACGCUCAAGCCCAACAAUCAGUGAGGGACUUGGUUCAGCGGAGAGCCCAGCAACAGCAGCAGCAGAUGAUGAUUCAACAGCAGCAGCAGCAGCAAGCAGCAAUGCAAGGCAUGGGUGGGAUGAUGGGGCAUCAAGGAAUGUAAAUAUGAGAAAAGGCGUGAGAAGAAAAGAGGGGAAUACCCAAACGGCUCAAAGGCGGCGGAAGAAAGCAGCUCAAAUCCAAGGAGCACAUGCAACUAAGCGUCCUUGGAACCCUGGAUGAUGGGAAAGAAGAGAAAUGACGGCUGUUGACUUGUCUUUUUACACGGAGUUUAGGAGGACGGUUUACACAUUUCGGCUACGUCAGGAUUUACCGCGAUUGGGCAACUAUGUUUUAAUACCCUAUGGAAUGAUGUUUUCUGUGGUGGCAGGUUAACCACGAUGAGCUUGCUUGCUUUUUGUUUUUUGUUUUUUUCUUUCUUCUUCUUCUGCUUUGAGAAGAAUGGAGCACAUAAUAUGUCGGCUUUUGGACGGGCAUGAAUCUAACGAAGUCGCUCGGCAACUGGCGUUGGGGAAGGGGGGAUACUAGGAUUGGUGGCAGUAAUGGAGUUGAAAUGUUUGUAUAUUAUCAUUUUUUAUUUUCAGAGCAGCAGAAACAUGAGUAUUGCAAUAAACGAAAUUUGAGU